AUGAAGCGCUGGGGCACCCGGAUCCUGCUGACUGGGGGGUUAUUUUGGCUCUUUCACACCAUGAAGCUCAAGCAGAGAGAGACCCUGCAGGCCGACCCCGGCCCUGGCCCCGGCUCGGUGGAGCUGCCCGAUGGGACCAUCACCUUCCGCUUGGAUUCUGCCGCCUUCUGGGCCGAGUUCCCCCAGCUGCAGAGCUACCGGUGCCGGGAGCUGGUCCCAGGAGACGGGAUUUGCACCGGGCCCCCGGGGCCGCCCCUGCUGCUCCUGGCUGUGAAAUCCCACCCAGCGUCCAGCGCCAGACGGGCCACCGCCCGCCGCACGUGGGCCCGGCCUGGAGUUCUGGGGGGCUACCGGGUCCGAGCCGUCUUUCUCGUGGGGGUGUCCCCCGAGCCCCGGCACAUGGCCCUGCUGGAGGAGGAGAGCGAGGAGUUUGGGGACGUGGUGCUGUGGGAUUUCACCGAGAGCCACCACAACCUGUCGCUCAAGGAGCGGUGCUUUCUGCGCUGGGUGGGGGCGCGCUGCGGGCAGGCGGAUUUCAUCUUCAAAGGGGACGACGACGAGUUUGUGAACCCCCCCGCCCUGGUGUCCUACCUGCGCCAGACGCCCAACGCCUCCCACGUCAUCCACGGCAACAUCCAGCGCCAUGCAGCCGUGAUGAGAACCACGAAAUAUCGCGUCUCCUCCGCCCUGUUCCCCCAGGCCAAAUACCCUGACUUCCCCUCCGGGGGCGGGUUCCUUAUGCCCAGCGCCAGCGUCCCAGCCCUGGCCACGGCCUCCGAGCGUAUCCCUGUCUUCCCGCUGGACGACGUCUACUUCGGCUUCCUGGUGCUGGCCUCCGGGCUGCGGUACCGGCAUGAUGCCCGAUUCCGGGUGUACGGCAUGAAGGACGAGCUGUGUCUGUACGGGGAGGCCUUCGUGGUGCACGGGGUGUCGCUGGACAGGGUGGAGGAGGUGUGGAGGGGGUUGUACGAGGAGCGACGGUGCAGUGUGACGGGGCCUGUCCUCUCUUAGAGGUGCAGGAAUGGGGCAGGGGCCUGUCCUGUCUAGGC